GAACGUUUGCUUUUAUCUAAUUGGAUUUUGGUUCAGUUUCUUUUCUGCAUUUUCUGGCCAAACCAUUUUUGAACCUUGGACUAUUACUAUUUUUAACAUUCUGACUACUUUGCCGCCUGUCGCCAUUGGCCUUUUUGACAAAAGUGUGCCUGAAAAAAAGUUGCUUGAAAAUGCAGCUUGGUAUUCCAGCUUGCAACAGUCAUCGUUUACAAACACAGGCUUUGGAAAGUGGGUUGCUUUGGGGAUAUUGCAUUCUUUGAUACUAUACUUUUUUUCUUAUUUCUUUUUGGUCAAACCUGUGGUGUGGAGUAAUGGACGCACAGAUGGACGGCUGAUGCUUGCGAUUUUAUGUUACACUGUAAGUACAAGCAAGUCUUUGAAUUCGAUAAGGCUUUUAAAUCUUGCUUCAAAAAUCACACUUACUUAUUUACACUAUAACUGAUU